GAGUGGAGAGAUGACAAUCCAAGCCGGAAAAGGAUGAGGAUGGCGCAGAACCGAGGUCUAGUGUUGACCUCCUCACCGAGAUUCGGAAGGCCGAACUCCACACCCCCACAACAAUUUGCAGGUAAACCUCCAGUUAAUUGGACUCCCUUUAAUCUGCCAAUGUCACAGAUUUUUAUGCAAAUUAAGAACAAAAUGGACUUGAGACGUCCCGGCCCAAUGCGAACUGCUGCUGCUAGUCGAGACCAUACCAGAUAUUGUGAUUUUCACCAAGAUCACGGCCAUACUACAGAGCAGUGUAACAGUUUAAAGUCCGAACUGGAAAGUUUAGCUCAGAAGGGAAUGCUGAAUGAGUAUGUUCAGAGAGCUGAACAGCCGAGGUUUGUCAGAGAACAGAGGCCACAGCCUCAAGGAGUCCGUAAUCCCCCAAAUAGGCAAGGUGUGGGAUAUCAGCAAGCCCCACCUCCGCUCCCACCACCAGCUAGAAUCAUACACAUGAUUACAGAAGGCCUUGAAGCAAGUGGACUAAGCUCUAAGCAGCGAAAGCUGUAUGUUAGAGAGGUUAAACAUAAAAACCGAGCUCAGAAGCGGAAGAUUGACGAUGCUGAGUGGAAGAAUCAACCCAUUACUUUCACAUCUGUUGACCUCGACACAGUUGUUACACCCCACAAUGAUCCUCUGGUCACUACUGUCAUGAUCAAAAACUGUGAAGUACAACGUGUCCUUGUUGACACUGGGAGUGCACUAGACAUCAUGUACUUCCACUGUUUCGAGAGUCUGGGACUAGAUCCAGCAUUAUUGCAGAAAUAUGACGGUCCUAUCUAUGGUUUCAACAACCAACAUGUUCCGGUAGAAGGAGUUCUUACCCUCCAUGUGGCUUUUGGGAGUGGCCAAACCUAUGUAACCCCUUCAGUCCAGUUCCUCGUCGUCAAGAUGGCGUCCUCUUUCAACAUUGUCAUUGGCCGACCUACAUUGACUGAAAUCCGAGCUGUGGGCAAAGAUCAAACACCCGAGGCCAUUCCCCAACGAAUUCCUGAUACUCAACAAGUUAUGGGUGUAGAGAUCGUCGAUAAUCGACCGAACGAUGAAGCCAGAGCUGCUCCAGUCGAAGAUGUUGAAGAAGUGCUCGUUGAUGACAAAGAUCCAAGCCGAAAGACACAGAUUGGAACUAGAUUGAACCUAGAGGAAAAGGCAGAGUUAAUAGCUUUUCUCCGAGCCAAUAAUGAUGUAUUCGCAUGGACUUCGACAGAUAUGCCAGGAAUUCCAAAUUCAGCUAUUAAAGAAGAGGUGGAGAAGCUCCUACAGGCUGGUUUUGUCAGGAAAGUUGAUUACUGUGAAUGGGUGGCUAACCCAAUCCUGGUGAAGAAGGCAAAUGAUAAAUGGCGAAUGUGCAUUGAUUAUACAAAUCUUAACCACGCCUACCCCAAGGAUUGCUAUCCGAUGCCGAGCAUUGACAAAUUAGUUGAAGCGGCUUCAGGCAAUGAGAGGUUAAGCCUCUUGGAUGCAUAUUUUGGGUAUCACCAGGUGCCAAUGGCUCCCGAAGAUGAAGAGAAAACCUCGUUCUAUGCUGGCGAUGAAAUUUAUUGUUAUGUCAUGAUGCCGUUUGGCUUAAAGAACGCUGGUGCUACUUAUCAGAAAAUGGUGACCAUCGUCUUCCGAGCUCAGAUCGGCAAGAAUCUGGAGGUGUAUGUCGAUGACAUCGUAGUAAAGAGCCGAAAAGCAGAAGACCAUCUAGCCGAUCUCGAUGAAACCUUCAACAACCUCAGAAAGAACAGGAUGCGGUUGAAUUCAACCAAAUGUAUUUUCGGUGUGGAGUCUGGAAACUUUCUGGGUUUCAUGGUGUCCCGAAGAGGGAUUGAGGUUAAUCCAGAAAAAAUUAGAGCAAUUGCCGAGAUGGAACCACCGAAAUCAAUAAAAGAUAUACAGAGGUUGACUGGAAGAGUGGCAGCCCUUCAUCGAUUCAUAUCGAAGUCAGCAGAUAAGUGCCUACCAUUCUUCAAGAUCAUGAGGCCAGCUGCCCAGAAGGAUGAAUCAGGAAAACAAAAGAAAUUUGAAUGGAGUCAGGAGUGCCAGGCUGCAUUCGACGAGCUGAAAUCUUAUCUUAGCUCACCACCUCUACUGACUAAGGCUGUCAAUGGAGAGAUUCUUUACUUGUACCUGGGGAUUUCAGAAGAGGCCAUUAGUUCAGUUCUGUUGAGAAAGGAAGCCAAACAACAGAAACCAAUAUAUUAUAUCAGCAGUGUAUUACACGGAGCGGAGCUGAGAUAUCCUAUAGCGGAGAAAGCAGCACUAGCAAUUGUCACUUCGGCAAGGAAAUUGAGGCCAUAUUUCCAGUCACACCCAAUCAUUGUUCUCACAAAUCAACCUCUCCGACAAAUUCUGCAAAAACCAGAAUGUUCUGGAAGAUUAAUCAAGUGGGCAGUAGAACUGGGGGAGUUUGAGAUCACGUUUCAGCAGAGAUCCACAAUCCGAGCUCAAGCACUAGCAAAUUUCAUUGUCGAAUGCACCCCAUGUCCUUCAACCUCUACUCCAGAGCCCAACGACUGGACCUUAUAUGUUGACGGAGCAUCUAGUAACAAGGGUUCAAGGGCUGGCGCUCUCUUGAUUGGUCUAGAAGGAUACCGAAGCGAACAUGCCUUGAAGUUCAACUUUGAUGCGACAAAUAAUAUGGCUGAGUAUGAAGCUCUGCUACUUGGGCUACAGCUAGCAUUAGAGUUGAAAAUCAGUGCAAUUCAAGUAUACAGUGACUCCCAGUUGGUGGUAAACCAAAUUAACUCAAUUUGCGAAGUUGUUGAUCCCAUAAUGGUGAAGUAUAUAGCCUUAGUAGCCGAGCUGAAGUGCAGAUUCCAGAAAUUCUGUCUGAGUAAAAUCCCCCGAGCUGAGAAUGAACAGGCAGAUUCACUCUCCAAGUUUGCGUCUGACAGCUCUUUAAGUUCCAGAUCCGUUUUUGUAGAGAUUUUAGAUGAACCAAGCUUCAUGAAGCCUCAGGUGAUGGAGAUUAGCACAAACCCAGACACGCCGAGUUGGACUGAUUCAAUCGUCUCCUUUUUGCGAGAUGGGAUAGUACCUGAAGACAGGCAGGAGGCAAUGAAGUUGAGAAAGAAAGCAUCUCGGUAUACCCUCAUUGAUGGGGUCCUGUAUAAGAGAUCUUUCUCACUUCCUCUUCUACGAUGUUUAAACCCCUAUCAAGCUGAAUAUGCACUUCGAGAGAUUGUGGCUGAUAAUGGAACUCAAUUCAAUUACUCCUCAUUCCGAGAUUUCUGUUCCAGUUAUGGGAUUAAGUUACAGUUCACCUCCGUUUAUCAUCCGGAGUCCAAUGGCAUGGUUGAAUCUGUUAACAAAUGCAUUUUAGAAGGUAUAAAGCCGAUAUUGGAACAGCAUAAGGCCAAGUGGGCAGACGAGCUCAACAACGUCCUCUGGGCAUACAGAACCACAAGCCGAACUGCCACAGGUGAAACACCCUACCACUUGGCCUUUGGUACCGAAGCAGUCAUUCCUGUUGAAAUAGGAGUCCCAAGCUUCCGGGUCACCCAUUUCGAUGAAGGGCAAAAUGGACAAUGGCUUCAGGAAAACCUUGAUCUGCUUGCCGAAGUCAAAGAAGAAGCUCGGCUUCGAACUCUUGUAUACAAGCAGAAGCUAGCCAACUUCUACAAUAAACAGGUCCGCCCUCGAACUUUCAAAGUAGGAGACCUCAUUCUCAGAAAAGCUGGCCUAACAGGGUUUGAAACUCGUUUUGGCAAACUUGCCCCAAAUUGGGAAGGCCCUUAUGCCGUGGCCGAAGUGCCACAUCCUGGUGCCUAUAUUCUCCAAAACGCUGAAGGAAAGAGAGUUCCUAGAGUCUGAAAUGUCAAUAACUUGAAGAAAUUUUACCCCUAAUAAAAUUCUUUCAAGUGUUCUAAGUCUUACUGUUCUUUACACUUCUCACUUCGUGUUUGUUGAGAUUCAUUUUACUUCUUAUUCUAUGUACCCGAGGUCAAUUAGUUCUUUCAUUUCUUGAACCUCACCUCUGAUUAAUAAAUGUCACUUCACAUA